CCCCACGCGUGCCCCGGCCCCGGCACGGAGCCGCCGCUGAGCGCCGCGCACCGGCACCGGCACCGGCGUCCAGAGUGUCAAUGUUCUGACUUGCUCUAAGAUGAAGGUAUGGAAGUUUGCAGCCAUUGCAUCGAUGCUCCUCAGUUCCAUCUUAUCCAUUUUAGUUUGUAGAGACAUGUUCAGCGGAAGCCGGGAACUCAGCCCCUUGCCUUCCUCGCCGUCUUCCUCACGGGAUUCCUCCUCCUCCUCCUCCUCUUCUUCUUCUUCCUCCUCCUCCUCCUCCUCCUCCUCCUCCUCCUCGCUGCCGGCGGCUCCGCGGAGAUCCCCACGGGCCCUGCAACGCCACGGCUCUCUGCUGGCCCAGUACGGCGCCUUGCUGGAGAGCUACACGGAGGGCGAGAUGCGCCAGCUGAUCUCGGCGCUGCUGCAGCGCUACCGCCAGGCCGUCAACUCGGGGCACGAGCUGCAGCUCUUCCCCCGCGCCGGCGGCCGCCGCAAACGCGCCCGCGCCCGCCACAAACCCUGCGAGCUGCGCCAGCUGGAGGUCAGCGUCAGCGAGCUGGGCCUGGGCUACGAGUCGGACGAGACCGUCCUGUUCCGCUACUGCAGCGGCACCUGCGAGGCCGCCGUGCGCAGCUACGACCUCUCCCUCAAGAGCAUGAGGAGCCGCAGAAAGAUCCGGAAGGAGAAGGUUCGCGCCAGGCCGUGCUGCAGGCCGCUGGCCUACGACGACGACGUGUCCUUCCUGGACGCCUACAACCGCUACUACACCGUCAACGAGCUGUCGGCCAAGGAGUGUGGCUGCGUGUGACGGGGACAACCGGGCG